GCCGCCGCCGCCGCCCGGCUCGGCCCGCGCCGCCGGGAGACCCGCGGCACCCGAGUUCCGGGUGGCCCGCGGCACCCGAGUUCCGGGGUUCCGCGGCACCCGAGUUCCGUCCGCCUGCGGCGCCGCCGCCGCCCGGAGCCCGGCGCGGAGCCGGUGGAGCGGGGGCGAUUCCUGCCGCCUCCCCCCUGCCCCCAGCGGGGCCGUGCGAGCCGAGUGAGCUCCCGUAACCCCCCCCGUGCCAGCCACGUCCUCCUGCAGCGCCUCCGCCCGCCCGUGUGGGCGGUACAGACCCCUUAACCCCCCCCACCGUGGCAGCCACGUGUCUUCGAUCGCCUGCCCCGGGCUCUGCUGGGGCUGUGCCAGCCCCUGUGGGUGCCCCGACCCCGAACUGCCCCGGUUACCCUCCUGCAGCCGGCCUCGUGCUCUGCAAGCGCCUCCCCACACCCCGGGUGGGGCCGUACCCACCCCCUCAAAUCUCCACACUAUUCCUUUUCUAGCUAAUCUCCUCACCCUCUCUCAAGUGGACCAGGUGGGCUCCCCACGCUCCUGAAAACCCCCGUUUCCUCCUUCCUGGCAGCUUUGUUCUGUGCCAUCACCACCCCCAGCCCCGGGGGUGACCCCCUGCCCGCUGCGGCCACCUCUGUGACCAAACCAUCCCCAGGCCAUGGCCUGGCCUGCACAGACACGCUCGGACACGGAGCUGGGAGUGCACAGAGCACCCCGUGAAACCCCUGAGGGGUUCGAUGGCUUCACACUGCGGACCCCCAACACAGCCUGGUGGGGUCACCCACCUCCCCCAGCUCAGGCGACACCCGUGUCACACUGAUGGACUGACAACUGCCACUCCACUUCCCUCUCCCUGGCCCUGAUGUCAUCUCAUCCCUUCUCAGCCCACCCUGGAGUCCCGGUGAUGUCCCCACAGUGCCCGCGUGCCCACAGGAGGGGGACAUUGUUCCUCUGCUCUCGUCCCAGGUCACAGCCACCAGCACAGCCCGGCAGAACCUGCCCCGCGUCCCCUCGGGUUUGGGGGUGCCAUGGCCACCCCCAGGUGGUGGCUGCAGGGCUGGGGGUGACAUGGAGGGCACGUCCCCUCUUUGGGCUUCCAGAGUGGGACAUGUGGAUGUGGGACAGGAACCAGGGGGCUGGGAUGGCACCGGGGGGACAGAGGAGAGGGGGACAUGGCACUGAUGCUCAGAGGUCUGGGAUGGGUUUGCUUGGCCAGUGAUGCUCCCAGUGCACCACAUGCCCUUGGGUGGGUUGUCAGUGGUUCCGGAGGUCUCGGUCUGUGACUGCAGGGGAAUGCCACGGGGUCGCUGCCCUCCUGCCCUGUGCCGGCCCCGGACCCGUCGUGCCACGGGGGUGACCCCCCAACCACCAUGGGGGCAUCCAGCCCCCAGACCUGCUGGGCCAAGAGCCACAGGCGGCCACCAGAGCUGCCACCAGGUCCUGCUUCCCUGCUCCUCGCUGUCCUCGGACGCCGCUGCGCUGCCGAGCUGCGGUUGUGCCGUGUGGGGCUGGCUCCUCGCCACGGCCGGGCACUCACAGGGGGUGCUCAGGCCCUUCCUUCCCUCCCUCCUCCCCUCUUCGCCCUCAUCUUCUCUGUCUUAAGUCCCUGUUGCCGUCUCUGUCCUUGUCUUUCUCUGUCCCCGCUUUCUCCCCCGUUCCUGUCCCGCUCUCUGUGCUGGCGCCGGUUCUCUCAGCUUUGCUCCGCUCACUGCCAGGACGUCCCCUGAGCCCAGCUGCUGGCACUGCCAGCCCAGCCCGGGCCCUUGGUCCCCAUGUGCCAGGGAGGGCUGGGAGGGGGCACGGAGGGAGCCAGGCGGGCUGGGGGAGGCUGUGAGCUGGGGGAUGCCGGGGGGGCCGCGACCAAACGAGCGUGGGGCAGAGCCGAUGGUGGGGGUCGUGUCUUCUCCGGCGAGCGGGGCCGGCAGCGCCGUCCCGGGGCCGGCAGCGCCUGUCCUGCGCCCGUCCCGCUGCCGCCGCACGGCUCGUUAGUGCCAGCUCCUGUAACGAGUUGUGUUUUCUCCCCUCACUGCUCUCUCUGCUGCUUUGUCAGACUAUGCCUUUGUGCACAUGGAGAACGAAGCCGAUGCUAAAGUUGCCAUCGAAAACCUAAAUGGGAAGGAGGUGAAGGGGCGCCGGGUGAACGUGGAGCUCUCCACCAACGUGCAGAAGAAGGGCACGGGCCAGGCGCCGCCGCCCGCCCUCGGCGUCGACAAGACCAAACGCAUCGGCCUCGAGUACCGCGAGAAGUUCCAGCCCAAGAUCGAGGGCUUCGACCAGCAGCGCCGGGCGGCUGACGCCGCCUUCCCCUCGGCCACGGGCGCUGGCUAUGCCGCCACCCCCUCCCUGUACGAUUACCAGCAGCGCUUCGGCGCCAAGUACGACGCCUUCGAUGCGCAGCCCCGGCCAGCCUCCCCCUCCUACUUUGGCAGGGACCGCAGCCCGCUGCGGCGCUCACCCACCCGCGCCGGCUACGCGGCGGUGACGCUCCCCAUGACGGCGCAGCCGGCCACCUACCGCGCCCAGCCCUCGGCCUCACUGGGGGCCACGUACCGAGCCCAGCCCUCGGCCUCCCUGGGCGUGGCGUACCGCCCGCAGCCCACCACGGGCCAGGCCGCCGCGUACCGCGCGCAGCCCUCGGCCUCGCUGGGCAGUGCCUACCGCUCCCAGCCCUCGGUCGGCUCCCUGGGCGCCGCGGGCACUCAGCCCGCUGCCGCCAACUCCCUCGGCUCCUACGGCGCCCAGCCCGCCGCUGCCGCUUCGUACGGCGCGCAGCCCGCGGCCGCCAACUCCCUCAGCUCCUACGGCGUCCAGUCCGCUGCCCUGGCCUCCUCCUACGGCGCCCAGCCCGCCUCGGGCUACUCGGCCGGCUACAGCGCCCAGCCCGCCAUCGCCGCCUACGGCGCCCAGCCCGCCGCCGGCUCCGCCGGCUCCUACAGCACCCAGGCCGUGGCUGUGCACGUGGCAUCCUACGGCACCCAGCUGGCCGCAGGCUCCUACGGCGCCCAGCCCAUGGAUGGCCAUGCCGGCUCCUACGGUGCCCAGCCUGGCGCCGUGCUUUCUGCUGGCUACAGCGCCCAGGCCGUGGCGGUGCACGCCAGCUCUUACAGCGCCCAGGCCGUGGCAGGUCACGCCGCCGCUGCCUACCAGCCUGUGGCCGGCCACUCUGCCUCCUACGGUGCCCAGCCUGCGCUGUCCGCCUCGUACGGCGCCCAGCCCGCCUUGGGCCACUCGGCCUCGUACGGCGCCCAGCCCGCCACGGGCCUGCCCGCAUCCUACGGCAGCCAGCCCGCGGCUGCCGCGCUCCCCGCCGGCUACGGCGCGCAGACGGGCUCCUCGCUGGCCGCGUCCUACGGCAGCCAGGCCGCCGUUGCCGCCGCCUCCUACAAGGCGCAGGCCUCCGCCCCGCUGACGGCCGCGUACCGGGCGCAGGCCUCCGGCGCCAUGGCGGCCUCCUACCCGGCACAGCAGCCGUCCUCCGCCGCGCUGGCGGCCGCGUACCGAGCCCAGCCGGGCAGCGCCUACGACGGGCCGAGCCAGCUGGGGCAGCCGGCGGGCUCCUACCUGGGCCUGGCACAGGCCGCCGCCGCACCGCCCUACGAGCGCACCCGCCUCUCCCCGCCUCGCAGCACCGCCUACGACGACCCGUACAAAAAAUCGUCCUCUCUGGCUAAAAGGUACGGCUCCGAGCGCCGUCUGUCCGAGCUGGCCGAUUACCGGCGCUUAGCGGACUCGCCGCUGGCGUACCGCCGCUCGCCCACCAAGUCCCCGCUGGACUACCGCCGGCUGCCGGACGCGCACACCGAGUACGGCCGCUACUCGGGUGGCUACAAUGACUACCUGCCCCCUGCCCGCAUCCACUCGGGCUACCAGCGCCGCCUCUGAGCCGGCCCGGCCCCGCUCGCCGCCCCGCUGGGGCACGGACGGUUCUUUUACAGCCGAUUCUUUCUGGUUUUGCUGUUGGAGUUUUUUAGAAGGUUCCGCGGUUGUGGUUGGCAGUGGCCGCACGGUUCAUCCCCUGAGGCGCUCUGUGCCGGUUCAUAACCCGCCAAUGGUUGCAGGCUCAGACUCUUUUAUACCACGAGUUGUCCCAUUUUUUUGGGUGAAUUCCCCGUUUGCAGCGUCAGGCCCGGCAAGGUGCCGGGGGUUUUUUAUGACUGUAAAUAAACACUGAGGUCUGCUCCGGUG